CCCUUUCCCCCUAAUUCUCUUCAAGCAACUCUCUCUCUCUCUCUCUCUGUCUCUCUCUCUCUCAUCUAAAAUCGCUGCGCUCCAAUUUCUGGGCGAGCUCUCGGAUCGACAAAUUCUCAGCCAUGUCUGCAGAAUCAGCCAACGCAAUCCAAAGAAAUCAGGUUGACCUCUCGGACUUCAUUGACUGGUCCGGAGUCGAAUGCCUCAACCAAAGCGCCACUCACUCCCUUGCCAACGCUCUCAAACAGGGUUACCGAGAAGAUGAUGGUUUACUUUUAGAGAGUGAUGCAGAUGAACAGCUUUUGAUUUACAUACCUUUCACCCAAGUAGUCAAAUUGUACGCUCUUGUGGUAAAAGGGCCUGAAGAGGAAGGUCCUAAGACAGUGAAGCUGUUUUCUAACAGAGAACACAUGGGUUUUAGUAAUGUCAAUGAUUUCCCUCCAAGUGACACGGCAAUUUUAUCAGAAGAUAAUCUUAAGGGAAUGCCAAUUGUCUUGAAGUAUGUCAAAUUUCAAAAUGUUCGCAGCUUGACAAUCUUUAUUGAAGACAAUCAGUCUGGUUCUGACAUCACAAAAGUGCAGAAGAUUGCGCUGCAUGGAACCACUGUGGAAACGACGGACAUGAAGGGUCUAAAGAAGGUCGAGGACCAUUGAUGUUGGAGAAAACGAAAACUCCGAAGACUAUUUGUAUCAGGGGAAGCAGUGUUGUCAGCGCAAAAAUCCUCCAGUUUCUCUCGAAAUUUUGCUCGCCUUACUGAUUGAUGGAUCUACAGUUACCAAUGGUCCUGAAUGACUUUAUAUCACCUUGUGUCAUAGAGAUGAAUCAACUUCUUUUGGCAUUGUUGUGGCACCUUUAUUACAAAUGUCUCUUACCAAACAAGAUUUAUCGGCAAUAUGUGCUCGAUGGAUC